CGAGCCUGCCCCCGUGGUCCCGCCCCCGGAGCGGUUGGAAUUUGAAUCUCAGGCGGGCUGUAGCUAGAAGUGACUACAGAUCUGCCAGGGAUGGAGAACCUGUGCCCCAGAGCUCGGUGUCCGGUGCAAGAGCAGCGUGCCCGCUGGGAGCGGAAACGCGCCUGCACCGCCCGAGAGCUGCUGGAGACCGAGCGGCGCUACCAGGAACAGCUGGGGCUGGUGGCCACGUACUUCGUGGGGAUUCUGAGAGCCAAGGGCACAUUGCGACCGCCAGAGCUCCAGGCACUGUUUGGGCCCUGGGAGCUCAUUUAUGGCGCCAGCCAAGAGCUGCUUCCCUACCUGGAAGGAGGGCACUGGGGACAGGGGCUAGAGGGCUUCUGCCCCCAUCUAGAACUCUACACCCAAUUUGCUGCCAACGCAGAGAUGUCCUGGACCACCCUGCAGAAGCAACUAAAGAAAAGCAAACGUUUCCGGAGGUUCGUGCGGCUUCAGGAAGGCCGCCCUGAGUUUGGGGGCCUUCAGCUCCAGGACCUGCUCCCUCUGCCUCUCCAGAGGCUCCAGCAGUAUGAGAAUCUUGUCAUUGCUUUGGCUGAAAACACAAGUCCCAACAGCCCUGACCACCAACAACUCACACGGGCUGCUCGGUUGAUAAGUGAGACCAUCCAGACAGUCCACACCAUUGGUCAGAAACAGAAGAAUGGCCAGCACCUCCGUCGUGUCCAGGCUCUGCUUGGUGGACGCCAGGCAAAGCGGUUUACCUCAGGUCGCUGGUUCCUACGCCAGGGCUGGCUGUUGGUAGUUCCUCCCCGUGGGGAGCCUCGGCCCCGAAUGUUCUUCCUCUUCUCUGAUGUGCUCCUCAUGGCCAAACCUCGACCCCCAUUGCAGCUGCUGCAGAGUGGCACCUUUGCCUGCCGGGCCCUCUACCCCAUGGCCCAGUGUCAACUCCACAGGGUCUUUGGCCACUCAGGAGGCCCUUGUGGUGGACUGCUCAGUUUGUCCUUUCCCCAUGAGAAGCUACUGCUUAUGUCUACAGACCAGGAAGAUCUGUUGCACUGGUACCACAGUCUGACUUUGGCCAUCAGCAGCCAGAAGAACUAGAAGAAUCAUAUAAACUCCAGAACUCAGGAUACUUUACGGAUAGGUCAGGGUCAGGAGUAUAAAGGAAACUUGUUUAGUACUAAACAAAACACAGAUCCCUUCAUGGUUUGCCUGGGACCAAGCCAAACUGGGUUAUUUGACUAGCUCUUAUGAAUCAGGAAACCAAGUCUGACCCAACGGAACCUCCGCUGAACCUGCCCCUCCAGCACUGAUGAGGGGAUUUGGGACAAAGUUGGUGCUGUGUCUAUGGCCAGUCGUUUUUCAAGGUUGAAGCUUUGCAGACAUGGCUAUUUUUAUGUUGUAUGUGGUUUCCAUAAUUUUCUCACUGGAUUUUAGUAAAGUUUUGUUUUUUUGGAAAGGC